AAUAAACACAAAAAUGAGCGCGUCUGCAACCAAUUCCAUGGACUUCAACGGAAAAACCCUCCACGACUACGACGUGCUGGCUGUGAUGCGCAACGGCUUGUUCGGGGCCUUGUUCAAGGUGCGGGACAAGAGCUCCGGCGAGCUGUUCGUCUUGAAGGGCAUCCGCUACUACAAGUUGGACAAAGUCAAGUGCGAGGCGCUGUUCUCGGAGAUAACCAUUCUCCGGGAACUGCAGCACCCUAACAUUGUGCAAUACUUCCACCAUUUCGACAAUCGGGUGGUGCAGGUAUUGCAUAUUGUUAUGGAGUGCUGUGCCGGCGGUGAUCUCGCCCAGCUUGUCGACGGGCGCGAGCAGAGCGACGCCGGUGCGAGGAGCCCUACAUUUGGCGGGUGCUCGUCCAAGUGUGCCGUGUCCUGGACUGCUGCCACAACGGUACGGACCGAGCGAUCGUACACAGGGAUGUUAAGCCAGCUAACAUCUUCCUGGACGCUGCCGGCAAAGCCAAGCUGGGUGAUUUCGGCCUGGCCCAGAUGCUGAGGCGGGACCAGAGCUUCGACGCUGCGUUCGUGGGCACUCCGUUGUACAUGAGUCCGGAGCUAGUCCGCGGCAGGAGGUCCGACUGGAAGAGCAACGUGUGGGCCCUGGGCUGCGUGGUGUACGUGAUGUACCCUGCUGAAGUUCUUUCUGAAAGGGUAUACAAACGUCGGCGUACCGAAGUAUGCAUGCCUUUCCUAGAUUUUGAAGACUAAAAGGAAUUUAAAAUCAAAACAAUACCUCCCGUGUACAGCAUCCCCGCGUGUCCCAGUGUUUUAAAAAUGAGUGCGUCACUUUCCACGGAUUUUAGCCGGAAAACCCUCCACGACUACGACGUGCUGGGCGUGAUGGGCAGCGGCUCCUUCGCGACGUGUUUUAAGGUGCGGGACAAGAGCUCUGGCGAGCUGUUCGCCUUGAAGGGCAUCCGCUACGACGGGCUGGACGAGGACAAGCGCGAGGCGUUGUUCUCGGAGAUAACCAUUCUCCGGGAACUGCAGCACCCUAACAUUGUGCAAUACUUCCACCAUUUCGACAGUCGGGUGGUGCAGGUAUUGCACAUUGUUUUGGAGUGCUGUGCCGGGGGCGAUCUCGCCCAGCUUGUCGAGCGGGCGCGAACAGAGCGACGCCGGUGCGAGGAGCCGUACAUUUGGCGGGUGCUCGUGCAAGUGUGCAGUGCCCUGGACUGCUGCCACAACGGUACGGACCGAGCGAUCGUACACAGGGAUGUUAAGCCAGCUAACAUCUUCCUGGACGCUGCCGGCAACGCCAAGCUGGGUGAUUUCGGCCUGGCCCAGAUGCUGAGGCGGGACCAGAGCUUCGACGCUGCGUUCGUGGGCACUCCGGUGUACAUGAGUCCGGAGCUAGUCCGCGGCAGGAGGUCCGACUGGAAGAGCGACGUGUGGGCCCUGGGAUGCGUGGUGUAUGAGAUGUGCGCCCUGCGUCCACCAUUCCAUGAGCUGUGCGAAAGGAUAGUCCAGGGCGUGUUUCUUCGAAUUCCUGCCGUCUAUUGUUCCGAUCUACAGGAGACCAUCUCAGCUAUGCUGGCCGUAGAUCGUGAACAGCGUCCCGGCGUCGAGGUGUUCUUGCUGCAUCCGUUGGUGGUCCGGAAUGUCAGCGAGCUGGGCGGCGGUUUCCCGAACCUGGUCGAGGCUGAAGAAGAUCCUUGUUCCUCUCCAUAUUCGUUGCCAAACUUACCAUUUGGCACAAUGGAGGGGCUCCGAGAGUUUGACACGCUCUUACUAUCAAACGAAGAGGCGAAGCAACAAAUGACAUCUAAAAUGCUGCAAAUAGGUGGCAUUGAUGUUGCUCGCUUCACCAGGAACGUGCUGAGCUGGCCUGGCGCCUACUGGAAGAGAUGGCCCUUUCCCGCAAACUGCCCAGGUGCGAGGUCUACCUGGCUCUACUCGAUCGCCUCGCCAAGCAACCAGGCCAACUUCCAGCCCAGCUCCGUCGAUUGUUGAAGUUGCAGUUAAUACAAUUAACAAUUAUAUUAUAUUAU